AUGGUAGCACUUUUACCCAACCAUGGAGCCACCGUGCCUGAUUUCGUUGCUGUGGGCAAGGAGAAGGAAUCACAGUAUGACUGGCUCAAGAAACAGAAUAUCAAUCGCAAUGAACGCAUUCAACUGAAGAAGCUGUCUCAUAUGCGGUAUCAGCAUCCCGAUCUGGACGAGAUCAAUACUUUUAUGAUAGGUAUGUCAAUGGCAAAAUCAAUCGAGAAUAUUCCCUGA